AUGGAAAGUUAUUUGGUUGCCUCAACCCCAAUGAACUUCUUGAUCAAAUUAGAUAAGGAUGAAGAUGAUCAAAGUGUUGACAUCACAAAAUAUCGUAGAAUCAUUGGAUCACUUCUCUAUUUAACAUUAUGUCGACUAGACAUUAUAUUUGCGGUUGGAGUUUAUGGGAGAUUUCAGGAUAAUCCUAAACAAUCUCACUACGUUGCUUCUAAAAGAAUAUUGAAAUAUCUUAAGGGCACUCAAGAUGUGGAACUGUGGUAUUCGAAGGAUUAUAGUUUCAACAUAACAAGUUAUUCUGAUGCAGAUUACGCAAGAUGCAAAGUAGACCCAAAGAGUACCAGCGAGACUUGUCAGUUCUUAGGUGACCAGCUCAUGUCCUGGUACAGUAAAAAGCAAACAUCUGUUGCAACUUCAACGUCAAAAGUAGAGUACCUUGCGGUCGGUAGCUGUUGUGCCCAACUUCUCUAG